AUGUCCACACCUCAGACGCACCCCAGUGAGAAGGAGGCGGCCAGGAAAGGCCGCAUUCGCAAUUUCGACAUGGACUGGCUGAAGACGAAGCUAGAUGUGUCCCACUUCGACCUCAACGCUGUUCUACGUGGUUUCCAGCUUACUCUCGUAGGAGCUUAUAGGGCUCUUCAGAACCCGGACUUGUUCACGAGCGCACAGUAUCGGCAGGCUGCCAUGGCAGUUGCCGCGGGCAUUGUCAUUCGGUUGAUACUCGCUAUUCCGAUUAUCGGUGUCAAGGCACUGCUGUGGCUUUUUUCGUUCGCAUAUUCGGUGGACAGGACGUCAUGGGACGAUAGACUCAACUUCAUUGGAGAAUACGUCCUUCAGGUGCCCUUCUUCCUCAUGACUCUCUUGAGACACCUGGUUCCUACAAUGGAUGACCUGUUUAUGCAGUCGCUCCAAUGGGUUGAUUUGACCUACGUGCAAAAACAUAAGCACGACAACGCUGAAACCCUGCGUGACUUGUACUAUCCGAACUUGCGGCUGUACAAUUCACGCUCUGAUGGCAACACGCACAACAAGAACAAUUCUCGGGCACUACCCUCGUUCUUGACAAAGUUCUUUCGCAAAGGUUGCAUCUCCAUCCUCAUAUUCGGUCUCUCAUACCUGCCGCUCGUCGGAACCUUAGUGCUGCCAGCCGCCAGUUUCUAUACCUUCAAUAAGUCUGUAGGUCUCGGCCCGGCUGCGGCCAUCUUUGGAACGAGCAUCUUUCUGCCAAGGAGAUGGCUCGUUAUAUUUUUGCAGACUUAUUUUGCUUCCAGGAGUCUCAUGCGAGAGCUUCUAGAACCCUAUUUCGCCCGCAUCAAGCUCACAAAGACUGAAAAGAAAAACUGGUUCCGGAGUCGCGAGGGGGUCCUAUUUGGGUUCGGACUAGGGUUCUAUUUGCUCAUAAGAACCCCACUGUUUGGUGUUCUCAUAUACGGCAUCGCCGAAGCUUCCACCGCCUAUCUCGUAACCAAAGUCACCGAUCCUCCACCCCCUCCUGCUGAACUCUUUUGGGUCAACCCCGUCGCAAACAUUUAUACAUUUGAUAUAAGUCAUUUCGAUUACUUACUUUCCCGUCGCCGCGCUGCUAUAUCUACUGCCGCCAAUACUCCUCCUCCUCCUCCCAAUAACAACAAUAGCCCUGUUCGUAGCUACGCCUCGGACAAGGCGUCGGCCGUUCGGUCGAUAGGCGGCUUUACCGUCCAGGGAGACUCCUCGGACGAGGAGUAUAACGUCCCUGCCGCUAAGGCUUAG